ACUACACAUAGCUUGUAAAAAAAAAUCAAUAGCGUUUAGUUCUAUAUUUUUUAUUUAUUCAAUGAAACUGGACAAAAAUUCUCAUUAAUUGUGCAAGUACGUGUGUGUAGGAGAGGCGUCUCGACCAAGAUCUAGCGAUAAAUAGUUGGCGAUUUGCGGGAAAAGCCAGCAAAAAAAUUUCCUCAAGUAAAAAUUCUCUCAUCUGUGCUCGUCGUCGUCGUCGUCGCUUCGUUCGUUCGUGUGUGUGUUUGUUAGCAUAUAGCAGUCGUGCAUAGCAUUUUUUUUAUUGUAAAAAGUUGAAUUGAAUAGAAAACACGAUAGGCAGUUCCAGGUACAAAACGCGUCAAAAUUCGGGGAAUUCGGAAGCUGCAGCAAAAAAAAAGGCAGGAAAAACGAGUUUUGGAAGAGUACCAGCAGAAAUCGUAUAACGCCAUAGGCCCCGUGCACGCAACUCUUUGUUCUUUGGACGUCGUACAGCGAGUAGCAGCAGCAGCAGCAGUUGGAUGCACAUUGAUGCAAUGCUGAAUAGACGCACGACGAUUAGAACAAACGAACAGUUUUUGUGAAGAGAUCGUCCAUUUUGUAGUGUGUGUCCUUUGUUUCCCCACAGAUUUAAAUCUCGUCGUCGUCGUCGUGCAACUGUGAGAAAGUGACUUUUUUUACAUGAAAUUUCCGCAAAAAUUACAACGAAGAACCCCCAAGUGCUUGUAAAAGACCCGAAUUUUACGUUUUAAGUUAGUUUUACGUGGAAAAACAUCCCCCGAGAGGACACCUAGCGCAGGACAUUCAAAAAAAAUUUUGGUUUGGGAAGCAAGUGAAGCAAGAAAUGAAAAUUUAAUGGUAAAAUUUAAUAGUAUGAUGGCUGCCUUAGGAGGGGGAGGGGCGAAUCUGGCACAAUCUGGAAGUCAAAAUGCCAUUUUGGCAGCAGCCGCUCCGUAUUACCAACCCCCGCCGACAAUACCCCAAGAUCCCGAUCGCCCAAUUGGCUAUGGUGCCUUCGGCGUCGUCUGGUCCGUCACAGAUCCGCGAAACGGUAGUCGCGUCGCCCUGAAAAAGCUCCCCAACGUAUUCCAGUCGUUGGUGUCGUCGAAACGCGUCUUUCGCGAACUCAAAAUGCUGUGUUUCUUCAAGCACGAGAACAUCUUGUCGGCCCUCGAUAUUUUGCAGCCGCCGCAUCUGGAUUUUUUCCAGGAAAUCUAUGUGAUAACCGAGCUACUUCAAUCAGAUCUCCACAAAAUUAUCGUAUCGCCGCAGCACUUGUCCGCGGACCACAUCAAAGUAUUUCUGUACCAGAUUUUGCGGGGUCUCAAAUACCUCCAUUCGGCGCGAAUCUUGCAUCGGGACAUCAAACCGGGCAAUUUGCUCGUGAAUAGUAACUGCGUGCUGAAAAUUUGCGAUUUUGGCUUGGCGCGCAUCGAAGAACCCGACAAAUCGAAGCACAUGACGCAGGAAGUUGUCACGCAAUAUUACCGGGCGCCCGAAAUUCUCAUGGGAGCGCGUCAUUACUCCGCUGCCGUGGAUAUUUGGAGUGUCGGAUGCAUUUUUGGCGAAUUAUUGGGACGACGGAUCCUCUUUCAAGCUCAGAGUCCCGUGCAACAACUCGAAUUAAUCACAGAGCUGCUUGGCACGCCGUCGCUCGAAGAUAUGAAGCAUGCCUGCGAUGGCGCUCGUCAACAUAUGUUACGACGUGCCCAAAAGCCGCCCUCAUUGUCGGCAUUGUAUACGUUGUCGGCACAUGCGACGCACGAAGCGGUCCAUCUGUUGUGUCAAAUGCUCGUUUUCGAUCCGGAUAAGCGAAUUUCCGUCAUUGAUGCCUUAGCACAUCCGUAUCUCGAUGAGGGGCGGCUCCGAUAUCACUCGUGCAUGUGCAAAUGCUGUUACACAACGUCGAGCGCCAUGCGACAAUACACCGCGGAUUUCGAACCACCAGCUCCGACACCCUUCGACGAACGAAAUCUCGGCAAAUUGACGUCUGUGCAACAAGUCAAAGAGGAAAUGCAUAAAUUUAUCGCCGAACAACUCCAAACGGGACGCGUGCCACUGUGCAUUAAUCCACAAUCGGCAGCUUUCAAAAGUUUCGCCAGCUCCACGGUGGCCCAUCCAUCGGAAUUGCCCCUCGCCACACCAAUGGGAAUGACGGCAGAAACAAGCGAGCCUCAAUUGAACUCGGAAAUGAUGCAGCACGUUGCAUCACCAUAAAAAUCGUGUCAGGUAUUACCUUUAGUUUUAAAAAAAUCUUUUUCAUCACCUCUCUUCAACAAAAAAACAAAAAAAAAAAAAUUCCUCGUGUACAAAACUUGCAAGUAUUAAUUCUUCCUUAAUACUUUUAAUCAUAUAUAAGUUAAAAAAAAAACUCUCUCUUUAUGUAAAUAUGGUGCACAUUUCCAUAUAAAAACACAUUUUUACCACUUGAUCACCAACACACUUGUGAACAUUCAUCGCGAAUGUUAAAAAUCUACCAAUAACAAAGAAGAAAAAAAAGAAAUUAGACAAGAAAUAGUAGAAAACCAAAAAAAAAUUAAAUAUACGCCAAUUUUGCACCAUGUUUUAUACAAAAUAAAAUAAAAAAAACGCAUUGUUAGAAAUUUGAUGUCACAAUCAAAUAAAAUAAAAUUAAUUAAGAAACAAUAAAUGUACAGAAUAAAAAAUUUGACAGCCAAAAAAAGUAAACUUCAGCCUACUAGCAAUAUAAAAAAAAAUGAAUGGAUGGUCCCCAAUUUCCUAAUUAAUCAAAAAAAUGUUAAAAUUUGGCAAACAAUUAGAAAAAAAAUGUAGAAUUGAAUUUUUGAAUGUAAUUCUCUGUAAAUCAUCAUCAUCCUUCUCCUCCUUCUCCAGUCUUACCAGCUUUCUAUAUGAAGAAUAACAAAUUUUUGUAUGUAGUUCAAAGUUUUCUAUGACGUGUAACUCAAAAAAAAAAAUGAUUGUCUUUAUAAUGGAUAAAAAAAUAUCUUUAAUGAAGGAUU